AGUUAGAUUUCAUUGGGGGAGAGAAAACCAGCGUGGUUCUGAGCACACAGUUAAUUUCAAAGCUUUUCCCAUGGAGCUCCAUCUGAUCCACUGGAACUCCACCCUGUUUGGCAGUAUUGAUGAGGCCGUGGGGAAGCCACAUGGCAUUACCAUCAUUGCUUUGUUUGUUCAGAUAGGAAAAGAGCACGUAGGCUUGAAGGCUGUGACUGAAAUCCUCCAGGAUAUCCAGUACAAGAGUCAUCUUACAAGAGACCUCCAACUACUGCGACAGGGGAAGUCCAAAACAAUACCCUGCUUCAAUCCUAAUACUUUAUUACCAGAUCCUUUGCUGCGGGAUUAUUGGGUGUAUGAAGGCUCUCUUACCAUUCCACCUUGCAGCGAAGGUGUUACCUGGAUAUUAUUCCGAUACCCUUUAACUAUAUCCCAGCUGCAGAUCGAAGAAUUUCGCAGGCUGAGGACACAUGUGAAGGGGGCAGAGCUCAUGGAAGGCUGUGAUGGGGUUUUGGGAGACAAUUUUAGACCCACUCAGCCACUUAGUGACAGAAUCAUUAGAGCCGCAUUUCAGUAGCCAGAGAGAAUGGGAACAAGACGGCCUUCACCUGGGAGGAAGACAAUGAUCCUAUAGUGCCCUUCGAUGAGAAACGGAAACUUUUGAGCUGCAGCUACAGUUUAUCCUCAAAGCCUGCAUUGUUUGUCUUCAUCUAAUCCAGCUUUGAUGGACAUCUGUGACAGUUGCCUCUACACAUGCUCUAAUGAAAUAUUAGAAAUGGCUGUACCUUCAAAAGAAACCCAAUAUUCUAUAUUCACACCACUGCUGCUAGGACUCAGAUUUUUGCACAUACUGUUUAUUGCUUAUGUGUAGAAGAAAUGAAACUAGUUUUCAGAGUUGUUAUUAAUAUGAAUAUAUAUCAUGCAUUAAUACUGAGACAGGAAAAAUACACUCCCAGUGUUAGCGAUCCUUCAUUUCCUGUCUCUGAGAGAAAAUUCACUCAUUCAGAGAAUAAUGUAAUUCUUGAUAAUAAAUAAGAGUUUUGAUCAGGAACAGCAUACGGCUUGAAAAUGGAAUGUGAAGGAUUAGUAAAAGUCAUAUCUCAUGUUGUUUCUCAGCCCUCAUGCCACAAUUAAUGUCAGGCUGGUUAUUAUACAAAACAAUUUGGGAGUUAAUGCAAGAACUAAAUCACUUUAUAUAUUUCUCAAAGGAUCAAAUUGAAUGUAUGAAUCUAAUUGUAUUUAUUUGACAUAUUAGAAGCUCUGGUUUCUAGGAGUUUGAGAAAGGCAUAAAAAUAGGAUUAAAAGUAAGUGGGUACAACAUGCCAGAAAAUAGCUUUAUUUUCCAUGAUAGAAACAUAAAUUUAAUAGUAUCCUAUAAUAACUUAGUGUUGUACAUUUUGUAAGACCUUAAAAUAUUUUAUUCUAUGGAUUUUACUUUAGUAUGUUGAGACAUUGCUUUCCAAGAUAAUCAACAAUAUAUUUUAAUUAAUUUUAAGUGCUACUGGCAAAUGUAAGCAUAUGCUUAGAAGCAGUUAGAUGUGACAGAAUGAAAUAAUUUAUGUAAAGCAGUAGAGUGCCUGGCACAA